AUGCUCGUCUCCUUUCUUUGUCGGGCCGCGAACUCGGCGGGCGUGAUAGGGGGGGGCUCCGGGAAGUCGAUUUUGAGCUACCUGUCGUGUGAGUGGGACUUUCUGCAGGUGCCGGGGCACCCAAACGAGGUUGAAGUACGUUUCGCCCUGGCGUUCGAGUUUAGGAAUCCUCUCUACAGCAGGCUCAUAACAUCCAACAUUGUGGACGUCAUGACGCGGAGCUUUGAGAAACGAUGUGAGCAGCUCUAUGGACCGCCCUCGGUGCCGAGGCGGGUGCUGUCGCCAUCCAAAGUUUAG